AGGAGGAGGUUUCAUUCCCCACAGCUCCUCUCAGUUUCUUAGGAUUUCCCUCCCUGGACGCUGCUGCUCUAAGUGCCUUCUCUCCAGGGCCAUACUCUUCCAUAUCUGGAGCUGGUUUUGGGCAAUACAGUGAAGUGGACUGAAUCAGACGCGACAGCAACGCAGAAGCUCAAUUUUACUAUUUAUGGUUAAAUUAAAUCUGUUCGGAAAGGUGUUUGGUGGACCUGAGGAUUACUGACUGUAGGAAAGCAGGAAAAGUGGUAACUUGGCUGAUUUAAAACCUCACAAGUCCCAUAAGUAGAUGUCUGAUCAAUUGUUUUGACUGUUUGGACAAUCCAGCCUUAUUCUGCCCAGUUUUUACUUUGCAUGCAAUUGAGCUUUUUAUAUCUUGACUGACAGGUCUGUUUUAAAAGAUGAUCUCAUCCUGAAUGUUUUGAGCGAAUGCCGCUAAGACUAGAAAGUCAAAUUGUCCCCGGCUUGCAGAUAAACAGUAUUUACAGUAUGUUGUUGUUGCAGAGCUAAGGUUUCAGAAACUGCUUUUGUGGUUGGCAUAUAUAAUGGGGUAAUUUAUUUACAUUUGCUAAUGUUGUUUUGCCGUUUUAUGGCAUGGACGAUGAGAAGACCAGAGUAUUUCUGUUCUCAGAUGUUCAUUAUUUCAGUAAGUCAGCUGGAUUCACCCGGACUUUCUCACACCUAAUGUGAGCAAAAUAAUGAAAAUGGACCAAGAGUCUGUACCAAAUCUUUCCCAAAAGACAUUUUCAUCUAAAACCAAGAAUUUAUUAGUGUAAACUAUGACGUGAGGACCGAUAAUAGCUGUUUGGAUUAAGAGGGUGAGCAGUAACUUGUGACUUUGCUGAGCUCCUGCGGGUGCGUACAGGAGGAAAGCCUGGAAAGUGACUCUAAACGUCUCGUUUAAUGCACUGUAAUAAAUGGCUCGUGACACAACCCCCAUUUUCCCUCAUGGGUCUAGAGAGGGAGGUUUUCCAUAUAUGUCGGCUCCCACAUAUUUUCCACUUCAGCAUCAGUGUUGACAUUAGAGCAGCCUUCGUCCAGCUCGCUGGCCUGGCUCUCAUGCUGUCUCCUGGUCCUGGAAACAUUCCACGAUUCCUGAUUACCUCUGUUGAAAACACUUGUUGUUGACUUGCCUGGCCCAGCUUUACUCUGGGCCAACCCAGGUUUCCUUUCGUCUUAUCCCGCCGGGGGCCAGGCCUUUUCGUGCAGGCUGGGCCCUGAGUGGGCUCCCCCUGUCCUGAAGUCAUGGGGAUCCAGGGCAUGGAGCUGUUUGCCAUCGGCGUGGUCAUCAUCCUUUUCAUGGCAGUUCUCAAGCAGUUUGGCAUCUUGGAGCCCAUGUCCUCAUUUGAAGAUGACAGCAGCGACAGUGAUUUGGAGUUAUCGACAGUGCGUCACCAGCCAGAAGGGCUGGACCAGCUGCAGGCUCAGACCAAGUUCACCAGGAAGGAGCUUCAGUCUCUCUAUCGAGGCUUCAAGAACGAGUGUCCCAGUGGGAUGGUUGAUGAGGAGACAUUCAAGACCAUCUAUUCUCAGUUCUUUCCCCAAGGAGAUGCUACCACAUAUGCUCACUUCCUGUUCAACGCAUUUGACAUAGACAGAAACGGUUCAAUCCGCUUUGAGGACUUUGUCAUCGGCCUGUCAGUGUUGCUCAGAGGUUCAGUCACUGAGAAGCUCAACUGGGCCUUUAACCUCUACGACAUUAAUAAGGAUGGCUACAUCACCAAAGAGGAGAUGCUGGCGAUUAUGAAGUCAAUCUAUGACAUGAUGGGGAGGUACACCUACCCCUGUGUGCGAGAUGAAGCACCCUAUGAACACGUGGACAAGUUUUUCCAGAAAAUGGAUAAAAACCGAGACGGUGUGGUGACCAUUGAAGAGUUCAUUGAGACCUGUCAGAAGGACGAGAACAUCAUGAACUCCAUGCAGCUGUUUGAGAAUGUGAUAUAAAGAAUCAGAAAGCUGUCAGUUGUUUUUCCUUCAUUAGCAUCACAUCUACAACUCACAAACAAACACAGCACACCCAUGCAAACUCAUCCUGGCAUACAAUGUAGGAACUGUAGCGUUUUUUGUGUUUCUCACCGCGCUCCUUUAGCUGUAUCUUGCAACUGCUUCUGGAUUGAAAGGACUGCUACAGACAGAAGAAGAGCUUCCUCAGUAUACCUCCUGUCUAUCAUAGUGUGUUUUUGUGUCCUACUUGAAGAAUCAGAAGAGCUCCUUGUGUUUUUAUCAAGGAAUAAGGACGCUUACAAUAAUCCACUGACCUGAGCACACAAGGAUACAAGCUUUAACACUAAUACACUUCGUCUCUCUCUCACACACACACACACACACACACAAAAACACACUCUCACAUACACACUGAUCCGCUGUUUCCUCAAAAGGUUUUAAAGCACUGGAUGAAGUGAACUACGAGCAGCACGGAGGAAUAAAACGAAAUGAACUAAAGCAUGUUUGUCAUCAAAUAUGUGAUGUGGAAUGAGCUUGCACUAAAAUUUUACGUAUUAUGUGCUCCUGAAGUAAAGGCACUGUAGAUACCUGCACCUGAUACACCACUGGUGGAAACCAGUGUAUGUAUAUAUGUAUAGUUAACAGUUAUAUACCCUACGUUGUAUUGGUCUCAUCUGUGCUGCACUGAGUGAUGGAAUAGGACCAGAGUAUUUGUUUAAAAAAAUCUCUGUGUUAAUCAGUUUGACAUCGUGUUUAGUAGCAAAAUUUAAAUGUAUUAUUCAAAUAUUUCUCUCUCUCUUUUUUAUUUUGAAAGAUGUCGGAUUAUGUUUAACUGGUCAGAUUGGAAAUGUUGAGUCUGUUCAGUACUGUGAGGAAACAAAAGGACUGUUAAAAGUGUGUUCUUGUGCUGAAUUAAGGCUUUAUCUUGGUUCUUCAGUAUCUAUGAGCAUGCUGACUCUUAAGUGCCACAGUAUUAUGUACAGUACAGUUAGACCUUUUGUGAUGUUGGUUCAUUAAAGAUGCUGUUGACAGGUGA